CAUACAUACACACACGCUGCGCUGUGGGACCAUCAUCCUCUUCGACGAGCUCCUCUGUUGGAGAUGUCGCUUAUAAUCCACAUCAUAACAAGUUUGGCCCUGUGGGGUCCCGUCAGGGCGCUGGUGCCAGAGUUUGCGGAUGUUUGCACCGAGGGCAGCUGCUACCCCGCCACAGGUGACCUGCUGAUCGGCCGGGCGCACAAACUCACCGUCUCCUCCACCUGCGGCCUGAGGCACCCGGAGCGCUUCUGCAUAGUCGGACAUCUUGAGGAGGAGAAGAAAUGUUUCGUGUGCGACUCCAGGCGGAUGUACGACGAGGACAACAACCACGUCAGCCACACCAUCGAGAACGUGGUCACCACCUUCGCACACAACCGCCUGAAAACCUGGUGGCAGUCGGAGAACGGUGUGGAGAACGUGACCAUCCAGCUGGACCUGGAGGCCGAGUUUCAUUUCACACACCUUAUCAUGACCUUCAAGACGUUUCGUCCGGCUGCCAUGGUGAUCGAGCGGUCGAUGGACUUCGGGAAGACGUGGCAGGUUUAUCGUUAUUUCGCCUACGACUGCAAGUCCUCGUUCCCCGGCGUGUCCUCCGGGCCCCUGGUCAAAGUGGAUGACAUCAUCUGCGACUCCCAUUACUCAGACAUCGAACCGUCCACAGAGGGAGAGGUGAUUCUACGAGUGCUGGACCCGGCCUUCAGGAUCGAUGACCCCUACAGUGUGCGGAUACAGAACAUGUUGAAGAUCACCAACCUCCGGGUGAAGUUCAUCAAGCUCCACACGCUGGGCGACAACCUGCUCGACUCCCGCGACGAGGUGACGGAGAAGUACUACUACGCCCUCUACGAUAUGGUCGUCCGCGGAAACUGCUUCUGCUACGGCCACGCCUCCGAGUGCGCCCCGAUGGAUGGAGCGCCGACGGGAGCCGAGGGCAUGGUGCACGGCCGCUGCGUGUGCAACCACAACACUGAGGGACUGAACUGCGAGCGCUGUCAAGACUUUUACCAGGAUUUGCCUUGGAGACCUGCAGAGGGACGAAACACCCACGCCUGCAAGAAGUGCGAGUGUAACCAUCACUCCGCUUCCUGUCACUUCGACCUGGCCGUUUACAUGACGACCGGCAACAUGAGCGGAGGCGUGUGCGACGACUGUCAGCACAACACGGUGGGCCGGCAGUGCGAGCAGUGCGCACCCUUCUAUUACCAGCACCCCAACAGAGACCUGAGGGACCCCAGCGUCUGUGAACCGUGUAACUGUGACCCGGACGGGUCUCUGCAGGGCGGACUGUGUGAUUCGCGAAACGAUGUGGCGGCUGGGCUGAUCUCAGGCCAGUGUCGGUGCAAAGCCAACGUGGAGGGCGAGCGCUGCGACCACUGCAGAAUGGGACACUACGGGCUGGGACAGGGGCCUGAGGGCUGCCUGCCUUGUACCUGUAACCCGCUGGGAACUCUGCCGGGAGGAAACUCCUGUGAUUCAGGCUCCGGAAGGUGCUUCUGCAAACGGCUCGUCGACGGACACAACUGCGAUCAGUGUCUGCCGCAGCACUGGGGUCUGUCCAAUGACAUGGAUGGCUGCAGACCAUGUGACUGUGACCAGGGCGGCGCUGUUAACAAUAACUGCGACCCUCACUCAGGACAGUGCGUGUGCAGGGAGCACAUGUUUGGACGGCGCUGCGAUCAGGUCGAGUCCGGCUUCUACUUCAUCGCUCUGGAUCACUACACCUACGAGGCCGAGGACGCCGAGCACGGACCCGGUGUGACGGUGGUGCAGAGGCCUUACCCUCUGGAUCGUAGCCCCACGUGGACCGGGAUGGGUUUUGUAAACGUGCCAGAAGGAGCGUACUUAGAGUUCAACAUCGACAACAUCCCAGAGUCCAUGGACUACGACAUCCUCAUCCGCUAUGAACCACAGCUGCCGGAGCAGUGGGAGCAGGUGAACAUCAGGGUGCAGCGUCCCGUCGUCAACCCUCCUAACUACUCAGGUCACUGCAGAAACUCCAUCCAGAGCGGAGACGAGCAGACCCUCUCUCUUCCACCUGGAUCCAGACACGUGUUGCUGGUGAGGCCGGUGUGUUUCGAGCAGGGACUGAACUACACGAUCCGCCUCAGUCUGCCGCUCUACUCGUCAAUCAGCAACGUCCAGAGUCCGUACACGCUCAUCGACUCUUUGGUGCUGAUGCCCCGGAUUCGGGAGCUGGACAUGUUCCAUGGGAUCGAAGGUGAUGGAGCGUGGGAUACAUUCCAGCGCUACCGAUGUCUGGAGAGCAGCCAGAGCGUCGUCAAGAGUCCCAUGACCGACAUCUGUAACGACUACAUCUUCAGCGUCUCCGCUCUGCUGCACAAAGGAGCCAUGGCGUGCCAGUGUGACCCUCAGGGUUCCCUCAGCGCCGUGUGUGAGUCCAGCGGAGGUCAGUGUCGGUGUCGACCCAACGUGGUCGGCAGGAACUGUGACCACUGCGCCCCGGCUAACUUCCUGUUCAGCCCCGCCGGCUGCAGACCGUGCGACUGUGACCCUCAGGGCUCGGUCAGCGCCUUCUGCCACGAGGCCACCGGCCAGUGUGAGUGCGUCCCCGGGGCCGCGGGUCGCCAGUGUUCCCACUGCCUGCCGGGCUUCUGGGGCUUCCCUCAGUGCCGGCCCUGCCAUUGUAACGGCCACAGCGAGUACUGCCACCCUCAGACCGGAGAGUGUCAGGGCUGCAGGGACUUCACCACCGGACACCACUGUGAGAGAUGUCUGAGUGGUUACCACGGUGACCCAGAGCUGGGUUCAGGUAGCCACUGUCGCCCAUGCAUGUGCCCCGACGGGCCGCGCAGUGGACGCCAGUUUGCUGACAGCUGUUACCUCCUGGAUUACACUAACCAGCUGGUGUGUGUGUGCAGCUCGGGCUACAAAGGUGCCAGGUGCGAUCAGUGCGCCCCGGGUCACUUCGGGAACCCUCUGGUGCCCGGCGGGCGCUGCUUGCCCUGCCAGUGCAACAACAACAUCGACAUGCAAGACCCGGGGUCCUGCGACGUCCGCACGGGCGCCUGCCUCAAAUGCCGGCACCACACCGACGGCUACGGGUGCCAGCACUGCAAACUGGGUUACUACGGCAACGCUGGCACACAGAGCUGCAGGAAGUGCAUGUGUCACUCGGUGGGCACGGUGCCUCAGGCCUGUUCCUCCCCCGACGAGUGCCAGUGCAAUCAGCGCACCGGUCAGUGUCCCUGCCAGCCCAACGUGGUCGGUCAGAACUGCGACCGCUGCACCGCCGACACGUGGAACAUCGCCGGCGGGACGGGCUGCCAGCGCUGCGGCUGCGACCCCGUCCACUCCUUCAGCUCCUCCUGCAACGAGGUCACGGGACAGUGCUCGUGCAGACCCGGGUUUGGUGGCAGGACGUGUCGGGAGUGCAGAGAGCUGUUCUGGGGGGAUCCUGAAGUGAAAUGUCACCCUUGUGACUGUGAUCCUCGGGGAAUCUCCAGCGAGCAGUGCCAUCGCGCCACAGGUCAGUGCACCUGUGUGGAGGGUGUUUCCGGCCCACGGUGCGACAGGUGUGCCAGAGGCUACCAGGGGGAGUUCCCCGCCUGUGAACCCUGCCACCAGUGCUUCGGCAUCUGGGACAACGUGGUCGGCGAGCUGACCAAUCAGACUCGACGUCUGGAGGCCCAAGUGACGGAGCUCCAGACCAUCGGGGUGACGGCGCCGUAUAAAGAGUUAAUCGGCAGCUUGGAGAGAAACUCCAAGGCUGUUAGAGACAUAGUAGAAAGCAACCCUGCAGCGGUGAAGCUGGAGCAGAUACAGGACCUAAUGCACCAGAUCAUUGGUUUGAUGUCCUACCUGAACGGAAAGCUGAACACGACGGAGGAAACCUUGAACGUUCUCCACGAUGACGCCAACUCCACCGACGUAAACUUGGACGCGCUGACGAAGGAGGCCAACCAGCUGGAGCUGAGCGUCCAGGAGCUGAGACAGCAGGUGUACGACGCCAAGAACGCCAACAUCCAGGGUGCCAUGGACACGAUCACAGCAGCACACACGCAGUCUAUGAUGGCGGAGCUCAAGGCCAACGCCUCCACCAGUGAUCCCAGUAACACAGUGGAGCAGUCCGCCACCGUACGGAAAGCCACGGAGGACAAACUGAGCAGCAGUCAGAAGGAGUUCGACCGCAAGCACCAAAGAAACUCGCAGAAGCUGGACAAGCUGUCCGACGAGAUGGAUAAGUUUGACCUGGCACCGCUUAGCGAGAAGACGUGUGGUGGUGCAGCAGAAGGUGACGGCUGCUCCGGCUCCCCCUGCGGUGGGUUGGGUUGUGCCGGCGCAGACGGAGCUCCUCAGUGUGGAGGAGAAGGAUGCCAAGGCCUCGUCACCACCUCCCAAACUGCUCUCAAAUCAGCCAAGGACCUGGACCAGGAGAUCCUAGCAGCGAUGCAGGAGGUGGACAAGCUCUCCAGGAUGGUGUGGGAAGCCAACGUCCGUGCAAACGAGGCCAAGGGGAACGCGAUGGAGGUGCUGGUCAAAUCCAACCGCAGCAAGGAGAGGGUGGAGCAGAGCAACGAGCAGCUCCGCAACCUCAUCAAAGAGAUACGAGACCUCCUCAUGAAUGACAAGGCAGAUGUGUCAGUGAUCGAGACGGUGGCCAACGAGGUCAUGGCUCUGGAGAUGCCGACCUCGACAGAGAAGCUGAAGGAGCUGACGAAGGAGAUCAGGGAGAGGGUGGGCACCCUGACCAGCGUGGAGACCAUCCUGAGUCAGAGCGCUGACGACAUCCAGGCUGCCGAGACGCUGCUGAAGGAGGCCAAGGCUGCCAGUGAGCGGGCGUCUAACAUGAAGGAGACAGCAGACGUAGUGAAGGCAGCCCUGGAUGAGACUGAGCGUGCUCAGAAUAUCGCCAUGGACGCCAUCCAACUGGCCCAGAACAACACUAAAGGCACCCUGGACCUGCUGAUCUCUGUGGAGUCGGAGACGGCCAUGUCGGAGCUGAAGCUCAGUAACACCACAAGCCGUCUGGUUCAGUUGGAGAGGGAGGUCGGCCUGCUGAGGCAGAACAACCUGGAGGUGAACCGGCUGGCGGAGACGGCCGACUUCAUCACCGACCAGGCCAAACUGGAAGCAGAGGAGGCCCAGCAGGAGUUUGACGUGGAGGUGAAAGCUAAAUUGGAGGAGGUGGAGGACCUGGUGGGGGACAAAGGGGAGUCGGUGCUGCAGGCGAGAAGGAAAGCAGAUGAACUGCAGCAGGAGGCCAAAGAGCUGCUCGCUCAGAGCAGCAGCAAGCUGCAGAGACUCGGAGAGCUGGAGAUCUCCUACGAGGCGAACCAGCGCAUCCUGGAGGCCAAAGCUGCAGAGCUGGCCGAGUUGGAGCAAACCGUCCGCAAGAUCCUGGAGGAGAUCAGCCACAAAGUGACUCUGUACAGCACCUGUCUGUGAUGAACACCUGGAAGCUCCACCACCUCAAGCUCCUUCACUGUCCUCAAGAGCACUGGCCGGGAUUUUAAUAGCACCAAAUGUUUGGAAAGGAUUUCAGAAUACUGCUCCCAGAUGAUUCCCUGAGUAAUUCAUAAAAACUAUUCGGACCAAACACUGUUAAGAUGUUUGACACUGUCAGUGCCAAAGGUUUUGAUUGUGUGUGAGCCACUAACUUAACACCGGACAGCUGUGCCAAGAAGUAUUUUAACAAUGGGAAAGCUGCCAAAGACCGUUAAAGUGUUGAUGUCCCAAAGGAAACCACUGAAAGCCAAUGUGACCUCAGUGCUAGAAACCAGAGAAUAUAGAAGAAUUUAGCCGUGUAAGCUAUGACAAUCUGUGUAUUUAAACAUAUGAAUGAACAUAUUUGAUAGAAAUAUUAAAGUUUAUAUGAACUUAAUAAGCCCAAAGAUAUGAAACAUUGUCUGGACCUUUGUGAAAAAGUGCUUUGACUAUGA